AUGUCUUUACCCCGAGUUUCCUACUUGGAGUCGUGGGUGCAGAACCCGGCAUCAAUCUUCCAGCGACAGCGUGAUGAGGUCAUAGGAUCAGACUCCGAAGAUGAGUUGGGUCAGGAUCUCCCAGACGACAGUUUGUCGUCGUCAUUUCGCUCAAACUUCAGCUAUCCUGUUGCUUCGCGACAUCGCGUGAACUUCAACCCGUACGCUGGUCCGGGAUGGACUGAAGCGGUGGAUGACGGCACCGAUGACCGGCAAUCUCUCCUCGGUGCUUCGACGCCUCGGCCCGUUGGGGUUGACGGAGGGGUGGGGCAAGAGGGAGAACAGCCUUUGGAUUUCGACGUCCAAGAAGGUGUCCUUGAGACAAAGGGUGCCUUCGAGGUGUCUCGUCUCAAACGUAUAUUGCAAGUCGUUAUCGCAGUGAUAUACUGCUUCCUUUCUGCGGGGAUUGUCUUUGGCUUUGCAGCUAUCAAACCUGUCCUGAUUCAAGAAGGCGUCUACCGUGAUAAGUGUGGACAGGAGGAGAUCGAGCAGAGCCAGGAGGUCUGCUAUGGACAGGAGCUUCGUCUCAACCUGAUGUUCACCAUCGCGGCCGUAGUGACAAAUGUAUCCGCAUUGCCUGUAGGGACCAUUUUGGAUACAUAUGGCCCCCGCGUGUGCGGGGUGAUCGGGAGUAUGUGCCUGAUCAUUGGGGCACUCUCUUUUGGACUGGCAACCAGCGUCCCAUUCGAUACCUACAUCCCUGGUUACCUUUUCUUGUCCCUUGGGGGACCCUUCAUCUUUAUCUCGUCGUUCCAUCUAUCCAACACCUUUCCGACCCACUCGGGGCUUAUCCUAUCUACACUAACCGGUGCAUUUGAUGCUUCGAGCGCCGUGUUCCUAUUGUUCCGCCUUGCCAACCAGCGCACGCACGGCUCAUUUACCUCGAGGAAAUUCUUCAUGUUCUACCUGAUCGUCCCUAUAUUCAUCCUAACAGUCCAAUCCACCAUCAUGCCGGUGGCAUCGUAUAAAACCGCCGGGGAACUAGUCCAACAGGCGGAGGCGCACAUAGCAGCGGAGGCUCACGACACAGUGGAUGACCGUAUCAGAGACCCCGGCGAAGGAGAACGCCAGCGGAACCGCCGUCGCCAGAGACGUCACAAUGUCGUCAGUAAAAUCCGGCGUCUCCUGACACACAGCAACGACGGCGACGCACUGGAGGAGCCAACAAUCCUCAAGACCAGCCCCAGUACCGUCCCCGACCCCCCCAGCGGCAUCUGGGGCGUCAUGCACGGCUACUCCGCCCUCCGACAGAUCCAGUCCCCAUGGUUUAUCUUAAUCAUGCUAUUCACCGUCCUCCAAAUGCUCCGCAUCAACUACUUCGUCGCCACAAUCCGCCAACAAUACGAAUACCUCCUCUCCAGCCGCGCCGCGGCGCGCCGCCUCAACGAAACCUUCGACUUCCUCCUCCCCGUCGGCGGCCUCCUCUCAAUCCCAUUCAUCGGCGCGAUCCUCGACAAUGCCUCCACGCCAUUCGUGCUCCUCCUCCUCGUCACAACAGCCACCACAAUCGGCAUCCUAGGCUGCAUACCCCACAGCCUAGAAGCAAGCUACGCGAACAUCAUCCUCUUCGUCCUCUACCGCCCCUUCUACUACACCACCGUAUCCGACUACGCAGCCAAAGUCUUCGGCUUCCAAACCUUCGGCAAAGUCUACGGCCUGAUCAUCUGCCUCGCAGGCGUAGGGAACUUCGCACAGGCAGGCCUCGACGCCCUAACCUUCAGAAACUUCCACCGCAACCCCAUCCCCGUCAACACAGUUCUAACAGGAAUCACCUGCGGCGUCGGUCUAGCCCUCGUAUCCUUCGUCUGGUGGCGGGCCAAAAUCAUCUCGUCACCAACAACAACAGCAGCAACAACGGAGGCGGCCCUCGAGCCGGGCCCACCGCCCCCGGCCGCAGUACCAGCAGGCGAAGCAGUGGUAGUCCGCGACUGGGAGCGCGAGCCGCUUCUGCAAACGCGCGUACGCGUCCCCGCAGGUCGACGCCCGUCGCCGUCUUACGGGAUUGCAAGCUCGGCGUAG